AUGAAAACAUGGGCAGGUUGUGCUCAGUUGAUUGGGGUUCCUAGCCAACAUUCCAGGGUUCUUAGUCAUCAUGGAUAUACCGAAAAUUCCUUAAGAUUUCAUCGCCAACGAAUAAAGACUAGAAACAAUUUUGCUACCAACAAUUGCAUUAAUGAGACAAAGCUAAGUUUCUCACAAAACAAGGUGUUGCAUGACAAAAAGAGGCUAGUGAAAAGGCUAUGUUUGCCCUUCACAACUGAUGCUACUAUUUCUAAAGAUGAUGAUGAUGAUAAUUUUUCUGCCUUCUUCACCCACCUCUAUAAGCAACUGAAUGCAUUUUAUCGCUUUAGUCGUCCUCAUACUAUUAUUGGCACGUUAAUAGGUGUUACAUCAGUCUCCCUUCUUCCGAUUGAAUCAAUUGCUGAUUUGUCCCUUGAAUUUUUUGUUGGUUUGUUAAAGGCAUUAGUUCCAUCAAUAAUGAUGAAUAUUUAUGUUGUUGGCCUUAAUCAAUUGUUUGAUUUACAGAUUGACAAGGUGAGUAAGCCAGAUCUUCCGCUUGCUUCGGGAGAAUUUACAAUGGAAGCAGGAUCAAUUAUUGUAACAAUAUGUUGUCUACUAAGUUUUGGUAUGGGAUUUGCUUUUCAAUCCCCUCCAUUGUUCAUUGCCCUUCUAACAAGUUUUAUUCUUGGAAGUGCAUACUCAAUCGACCGUCCCCUGCUAAGAUGGAAAAAGCAACCAUUUCUUGCAGCAGCUUGCAUUGUUAUAGUGAGAGCUAUGGUGGUACAACUUGCCUUCUUUACACACACCCAGAAAUAUGUGCUAGGAAGACCAAUAAUGCUAACAAGGUCAGUCAUAUUCGCAACAACUUUCAUGUGUUUCUUUGCCACAGUCAUUGCACUCUUCAAGGACUUACCAGAUGUCGAUGGUGAUAAACAUUUUGGCAUCCAAUCCUUCAGUGUUACGCUAGGAAAAGAAAAGGUGUUUUGGCUUUGCAUUAAAAUGUUGCUUGCUGCGUAUGGAUCUGCCGUGGCUGUAGGGGCUACUUCGUCAUCCUUGCCUAUCAAGCUUGCAACUGUACUUGGUCAUUCUGUAUUAGCAGCGAUUCUAUUGCUACGAGCACAAUCUGUUGACCUUACAGACAAUGCUUCAAUAACCUCAUUCUAUAUGUUCAUUUGGAAGCUAUUUUAUGCAGAGUACUUCCUGAUUCCUUUGAUUGGCUGA